AUCACAGUAGUAUAUAAUCUUAUUUCAGAGUAAUGCUAUGUAAAACAUUCUUUAUAAAUUUAGUUUUUACUUAAAUCAAUGGGCUCCUUGUCAUGCUUUUUCACAGACUAUUAAAAGUAUAACAAAAUUAAAUAAUGGCAACUAGAGGAGUCUGCGAUGCUCGUUGUCAAGCAUUUCAUACUGCAAUGAUACAUAAAGAAGAAGCUACACGCAUUAAAUGGUUCUUGAGAAAUCAACAAAAAUUAUUAGAUCAUUUAGAAAAGACGCAGAAAAUUGAAUUGUCGCCAAUACAUGAAACAGAAAAACCACCGAGCGUAGACAUUAUACAUUUAAAACCCUUACCAAAUUGGAGGCCACUUGAACCUGAUGGUUCUAUCAAUUUGAACAUAAUGAAACCCAUUGAUCCACAAGUAAAAGCUAUUUUGUAUGAAGGCGCCCCAAGUUUUAUCACCGCUGAAAAUUAUAUUCAUAAAAGAGUAAAAGACAUUCCAGAAAAUCGUUUUUACUACCCAAAUUGUACGAGUUGGAUACACGGAUGGCGACUAACAGAUUAUUCACCGACUCCACGAAGUAAAUUUGGGCGAAAUGCUGUUACAAUACAUCAAUUUUAUCAUCCAAGAAUAUCGAGUCUUCAGAGAGAUCCAGAUUGGUAUCGUCCGUCGAGAAUACCAUUAUUCAUAUGUGAUGACGAAACAAACUAA